CGAAAAUGUAGUCCCUAGUACUACUUAAACAGAACAACAACAACAACAACAUAUUCUACAGUCGACGUGUCCAGUCGAGAAACUCUCUCCGCUUCUGGAUUUUUUUGUUUUUUGUCGUGUGUGUAGUUUUCAGAAACACACGAGUUUGUGUUUGCAAAAAUUAAUGUAAAUAAAGUGUACGUGUAUCAAUGCGCGGCAGAAGGGAAGACUCAGCUCUGCGUACAAUCACUAGAUUACAUCUUUGAGACCACAUUACGUGUGUGUGUGUGUGUAAGACAAAUUCGCUUAUAUUUUCGGUUUCAGCAAACAACCAUGAAGUUUCAAUACAAAGAAGAGCAUCCUUUUGAGAAGAGGCGAUCAGAGGGAGAGAAGAUCAGGAAGAAAUACCCAGACAGGGUGCCUGUAAUUGUGGAAAAAGCUCCUAAAGCCAGAAUAGGCGACCUAGACAAGAAGAAAUAUCUCGUCCCUUCUGAUCUGACAGUGGGCCAGUUUUACUUUCUCAUCCGAAAACGAAUUCACCUGAGAGCUGAGGAUGCACUCUUCUUCUUCGUAAACAAUGUCAUUCCCCCUACCUCUGCCACCAUGGGCCAGCUGUACCAGGAGCAUCAUGAAGAAGAUUUCUUCCUUUACAUUGCCUACAGCGACGAGAGUGUGUAUGGAGAAUAGAGCCAAAGGGAAAAAUAACCCCACCCCUCUCUUUCUUCCUUUUAAAACAAUAUAUAGGCAUCAUGCUGACAGCCUAGAGUUCUCAGAACUGAAGUAUCAGAUGCACUUUUGCUUUCAUUUUAUCUUAUUAUAUUUUUUUUUUCAGAGUUUAGUAAGAAGCAGUUUUUUUCAUGGUUCUUACACAGUGGUAUCAAAACUGAUAGACGCUAGCCCAAUUUUGCCAUUGAUAUAAUGCUAAGUGCAUGCUUAUUCUGCCAUUUAAGUUGAUUUAACAUUAUAUACAGUUAUUUACAGUACACCCAUGACAUACAGACCUUUCAGAGUAAUCUCAUUUGAAAUGUUUAUGACCGUACAAAGAAUGUUAAAACAUUUCUAACUAGCAUGUACAGUCCAAUACUCGUAGGCCAGUCAGCUGAAAAAAUCACUAAAGUGACUUAAGUGUAUUCUGUUUCCGCUUAUUCUGAUAUGCUGGUGUUACAUUGAUUUAAUUGUAUUAUUGUACCUAGAAGAGUUUAAAUGGCUUGAUGUUUGGUGAAGUUGUAAAUCUCAAGUGCAAGUUUUUUUUUUCUUUUUUUUUUUUCUUUUUUUUUUUUUUUUUGGUAUUCAGCUGUAUUUCUGUUACCCUAUAUAAAUCAAAUGCACACUG